UGUAGGAGACUGCUUUGAUUGGGAAGAACGAAUGAUUUUGUGGGUUUCAUUCACUUGGGUUGAUGAAUAGACGUUGAGUUGUUCUCACACAUAUACGAGGCGUUUUGUAAUACUUCACCUCAGCCACCUUUUCAUGGCAACCACAAAGUUUUUUUUGCUGACCUGUGUUGCGACGAAAGCGUUGCGAAGGGUUUCCCGUCGAUGUGUUCACUCGUUCAAUCAAUCAGAAACGAAACUGGCACGCCCAGAAUAUUCCGCUAUAUUAUCUGCCAGAUUUAGUGAAGGAUUCAAAAAUGAGGAAACUUUGCUUUUGAAUGGUACGACACAAAGUGCCUCUGGAAAUGGAAUGUUUAUGGUUUCUGGUCCCCCAGGAGUUGGUCUGAAUACUGUCGUUGAUGAAGCUGUUGAAAGAUUCAUGGAACGAAAGGAUUCCUGGCAGAUAGAAGAGGAUACCAAGAUACCCCGACUAGUAAUAGAUUUAGACUGUAAAGAGAGUGCGAAUCCCAUACAAGGAGUCGUCGAGUUGCUGGCUAACAAAGUUUUUGGUCACCAAGUUCUCUCUUCUGAGUCACCGUUGAAAGUAUUGCAAGCUUUUCAAAGAGGUUGGGAGACUCGCGGUUUUCUUGCAACUAGUGAAUCCACUGCUGCUCGUGAAGCCAGCAAAGUGCCAGCUAUCUAUGAUGAGAAGGAAUCAUUCUUGUGGCAAGUUGAGAAACAUUCGAAAAGCAUGGCCACUAGUCAUCCUUUUCACUCGGCUGUACAGACGCUGCUUUCUAUCAGUCAACCCUAUUUGACCAAGCAAAGUCAUUCCGAUUCUCCAUCCAAGAGAGACCAAGUCAACUGGUAUCAGUUUUGUUUCGUAGUAGACUUACUUCAUUUGGUACAGCCUUUGAUACGAGUUGUCAUUAUUCUACGAAAUUUUGAGUCUUUGCUGGAUCCUUCUCAUCCAAAUGCUGCGAGCCGGGAAUAUUUUCAUGAUAUGUUACUGUUGAGAAGAUCCAAAAAUGGAAAACGGCUUCCUUUGGUUGUCACGGUACAUCAAACGCUUCCUUAUGUUGACCUUCAUCCUUCCAUUGCUCCAUCCGAACAUCUUCAAAUAUUUCCAUUGCGAAGGACACAAACAAAGGCGUUCCUGAAACUUUUUGGUUUCACAUGCAAUGAGAAAGUAUUUGAAAUCAUUUGCAAGCACAUUGGUGGCAAUUGUGGGGACCUCCUAUGGUUUGUUCAACUUUGUAAUGAUCCACAGCCCGAUGUCAAAUAUGUGAAACUUGUACUGGAACGAAUGAAAAAAGAAAGAGAGGAACGACAAAGGUUGCGUUUAUUGAGUGCGGCAGAAAAAUGGCAAGUUCCGGUGGUCGAUCUGGUUUCUCUUUUAGAUGCUGCGAAGAGAAUUCAAUAUCGAAUAUUCGUCAAUGGCCAUUUUGGAGCCGAAGUUUGGAGUUAUGACGCUACCAAAGCUAUUGUGGACAGUGGUUUGUAUUAUCGUUUUAUAGACCCUCCUAUGAUCAUACCUUCCAAUCUCUGCCAAUCUUUGAUUCCUAGUCUUUGUCGAAACUUGAAAAAGACAUUACCUGUAACCACGCUUUGGUGGUAUCGUAUCAAACGACUCACAGGAAUGUAUAAGAAAAUCUGAGAGAACUGAAGUACUAUGACGUCCCU